AUGCCUCGUGGUCAGAAAAGCAAGCAUCGUGCCCGUGAGAAGCGCCAGCGCCGCCAGGCUCAAGAAGAGCUUACAAGUCCACCAAGUGCUCAAGCUUCUGUAGAAAGAAAAGAUGAUUCACAAGGUCAUCCUGAGAGUUCAUCUGCUGCUAGAGCAACUCGCAGUCAACAGCCUGAGGGAGCCAUGGCUGCUGGUGCUACUGCUGCUUCGUACACAAGUUCUGAUGAAGAAAGCCAAGUUGAGGAAAUGUUAAGGGAAUUACAUGUGAGCACUAAGGAAUCAGAAGAAUUUGUAGAAGAAAAGGUUGCUAUCUUGGUACACUAUCUGCUAUACAAGUAUCAACUGAAAGAGCCUGUUACAAAGGCAGAAAUACUGCGAAACAUAAUGCAGAUAAACAAGAAUCAGUUUUUCGAUGUCUUGAAGAAGGCCACUGAUCACCUGGAGUUGAUCUUUGGCCUUGAUGUGAAAGAAGUAGAUCCCAACAAGAAUAUCUAUGUCCUCAUCAACAAGCUGGAAAUAGAUCAAGAUAUAAAAACGGGUGAUGUCGAAGGGAUACCCCCAACUGGCCUGCUGAUGACUAUCCUGGGUGUGAUACUCACAAAGGACAGCCACGCCACUGAGAAAGAAGUUUGGGAAGUGCUAAAUAUGAUGGGAAUAUAUGAUGGGACUCAGCACUUCUUCUUUGGUGAUGUUAAAAUGCUCAUCACCAAAGAUUUAGUGAAAGAAAGGUACCUAGAGUAUGGGCAGGUUCCAAACAGUGAUCCUCCUUGCUAUGAAUUCCGUUGGGGCCCAAGAGCCCAUGCUGAGACCAGCAAAAUGAAAGUCCUUGAGUUUAUGGCCAAGAUCCAUAAUAGCACUCCUAGUGCCUUCUCACCUUAUUAUGAAGAAGCAGUGAAAGAACAGGAAGAAAGAGCCAAAGCCCGAGCUGCUGCUAGGGCUCGUACAGCUGCUAUGGCCCGUUUACGUGCCAGGGUCAAUUCCAGCAGCCUUCCUAGUUCCAAGUGA